CACUGAUGCGGGCGACAGCCCUGUUGGCACCACCACUGCCACCAACCUGGAACAGACUCAGGUUAUCCCCUCUCAAGGUGACCUCCUGGGGGACCUUUUAAACCUUGACCUUGGUCCCCCAGUCAAUGUGCCACAGGUAUCCUCCAUGCAGAUGGGAGCAGUGGAUCUCUUGGGAGGAGGACUAGAUAGUCUGAUAUUCACUGAUGCGGGCGACAGCCCUGUUGGCACCACCACUGCCACCAACCUGGAACAGACUCAGGUUAUCCCCUCUCAAGGUGACCUCCUGGGGGACCUUUUAAACCUUGACCUUGGUCCCCCAGUCAAUGUGCCACAGGUAUCCUCCAUGCAGAUGGGAGCAGUGGAUCUCUUGGGAGGAGGACUAGAUAGUCUGCUUGGCAGUGACCUUGGCGGGGGCAUUGGAGGAAGUCCGGCAGUGGGACAAUCCUUCAUCCCAUCAUCAGUGCCUGCAACCUUUGCUCCUUCCCCUACGCCUGCUGUGGUCAGCAGUGGUCUGAAUGACCUAUUUGAACUCUCCACAGGGAUAGGCAUGGCACCUGGUGGAUAUGUGGCUCCUAAGGCUGUCUGGCUGCCUGCAGUAAAAGCUAAAGGCUUGGAGAUUUCUGGAACAUUUACUCACCGCCAAGGGCACAUCUAUAUGGAAAUGAACUUCACCAACAAAGCUCUGCAGCACAUGACAGAUUUUGCAAUUCAGUUCAACAAGAACAGCUUUGGUGUCAUCCCCAGCACUCCUCUGGCCAUCCAUACGCCUCUGAUGCCAAACCAGAGCAUUGACGUCUCCCUCCCUCUCAACACCUUGGGCCCAGUCAUGAAGAUGGAACCUCUGAACAACCUGCAGGUGGCUGUGAAAAACAAUAUUGAUGUCUUCUACUUUAGCUGCCUCAUCCCACUCAAUGUGCUUUUUGUAGAAGAUGGCAAAAUGGAGCGCCAGGUCUUCCUUGCCACAUGGAAGGAUAUUCCCAAUGAAAAUGAACUUCAGUUUCAGAUUAAGGAAUGUCAUUUAAAUGCUGACACUGUUUCCAGCAAGUUGCAAAACAACAAUGUUUAUACUAUUGCCAAGAGGAAUGUGGAAGGGCAGGACAUGCUGUACCAGUCCCUGAAGCUCACUAAUGGCAUUUGGAUUUUGGCUGAGUUACGCAUCCAGCCAGGAAACCCUAAUUACACGCUGUCACUGAAGUGUAGAGCUCCGGAAGUCUCUCAGUACAUCUAUCAGGUCUACGACAGCAUUUUGAAAAACUAAUGGACUGGUCUGAUGCCCUCUGGCCACCCUGAGAUCGGUGCAAGCUGAGGACCCAUAACUGGAAGAAAUUGUAUUGCCUAGAGACUCUGAACCCAAACACACUGAGACCACCCACCAAGGUAGUGACUAGUCUAACCUGUGCUGACAUUAGGGCACAACCUGUUGGAUAGUUAGGGCUUCCUGUGAACAUUUGUAACCACUGCUUCAAUCACUUCCCACCUCUUGCUACCUGCUGCCGUGGUCUGUCCUUAUUUGUGGCUUCUCCAUUCUAUGCCAACGGCUGGCAUUUUUGAGUGUAGUUUGAUAUUUUGUAAUUGAGAGCUCAUUUCAGAAGCAGAAAAAGACUAAAAAUAUUAAAGCAAGGAAAAGUGUCACUGAAACAUAAACUGCACUUUAUUGUUUUAUAUUUUUGUACAUAUGAGAAAUUGAGGGAGUAGUGUAACUGGUAGAAAGUGUGAAAACAACUGAUUGUCAUUAGCUGCACGGUCCUAUGAAAAGAGAUAACAGUUCCCUGCCCACCCUGUUAGGAGUUCUCUUAUCUGAGGCAACUUUGUCCCUGGUCAUUUAAAGGCUUUUCCUUGUGAUUCGCCCUGUCCUGUAUUAUCAUCUCAUUGGAUUUUUCUGCAGUUGGGAAUAGUGGUCUUCCUUGAUUGAAUGGUGUCAGGGUGCAGGAAAUAGGGCCUGUCAGCACCAAGGCUGAGAGAAAUUAGAACUUACUACAUUCCUUUCUCUUGAUCUAACCCAUUAGUAACACUGAUUAAAGAAUUUGAGUAGAGAUGGAAAACAGGAACCAAAAUGCCAUUUCCCCACUCCUUGCCCUCAGUUUAAUUCUCAGGUCCAUUUCAGAUCCAAAAUCAUAGUUUUAGAGUUGAAACAGACUUAAGUAAUCCAAUCCUCUUUUUCUUGAAAAAGAUAAAAGGAUGUUACUGCCUGAGGCCUGUUGGCUGUUUAGACACAGAGCUGGGAGCCUGGAUCAUUGUUUGCUGGUGUGUCUCAUUAGUUUUCUUUUCCUCAAUGCCUUUCUCUUGCCCUUCCUGUGCCUGCUUCUUUUUGGCUCUGCUUGCAUUCCUUGCUGAUUUUGCACUCCAUUCACUGGCAUCAGGUGGCAGCGGAGUAUCUUUUCAAUUACUUGAAGGUAAAUCCAGGUGCCAGAAUGAAGGAGUAGCUAAUGCUUCCCUCUCUGCCUCCUGGAGCAUAGUUCUUGAGAUCAGCAGGGGGUUGCGGAGAUGAAGCAAGUUUAGAGAUAUCACAGAUUCACUUCAUCCUUUCAGCUCUGUGAUCUUCUCUUGGCUCUUGUUACUUAGGCUCCAAGGCAGUUGAGAUCAUCUCAGAGGGUUAAGCAGUUGUUGUCAUCUCUCAAAAGACUGGGAGUUGUGAAAUCCCCUCCUUUAACACAUUGGUGUAUUUUUUUCAAAGAAUGUUUUCAUGCCCAAACCAACUUCUUUAGCAGUGUUCACACUGUUUCAUGUGUGGGCACUUGGAUUGCAUGAAGCCCACUAGUCAGAAUUCAUGACCAAGACUGCUCUUCUUAGAUGCCUCUGUCAAAUCAGAGGUAUUUUCAGACCUAAGAGUAAGUCCAAGAGGAGGAAUUGUAAAAAAACAGGAGCAGAAACUACCCCCAGCCCCAUCAUGUCUGAAAAAACCCUGAUUCAUGCCAGUUUUAAAACUUGGGAGAGUGGUAUUCCCCUAAGCAGUUUCAUAAACCUUGAGAAUCUCAAGAGAAGAAUU